AUGGAAGCGGCUUCCAUCGCUUCAUCCUACGUCCGCUCUGAACGACUAACACGACUAACCUCGAACCGUGACCUCAAGUGGGCCGUCUUUGACUCCAUCAUCGUCGGGCUCCAAGUCAUCGAGGAGGUCUCCACUCUUGCAGUGGGCUCCGAAGCGGCUCAGGGCAGCAACCUGGGCUUCAUGCGCGUGAUGCGGAUCCUCCGGCUGCUGCGAAUCAUACGUCUCGUUCGACUCCUGCAGUUUGUCAAUGAGCUGCGAACUAUGGUGAUGUCCAUCGUGGGUUCGAUGAGGUCGCUGGCGUGGACAGUCGUGUUGAUGCUCCUCAUCAAAUAUAUCAUCGGAGUUUACCUGUGCGGGCUGAUUGCAGACACGGGUGGAGGCGUGCAGCUCUCUGUCGUUCAGGAGCUGGUCGAGUACUAUGGGAGCUUGCCCCGUGCAGUCUUGACCUUGUACCAGGCCAUGACCGGCGGAGUGGACUGGAACGACCUCUCCAAGCCGCUGGAAACCAGCAUCAGCCCGUUGAUGACGGUGGUCUUUGCCCUGUACGUCGCUUUUGCGGUUUUAGCCAUGAUGAAUGUGGUUACCGGCGUUUUCGUUGAAUCCGCCCUCGGAUCAGCGCGAGAGGACCGUGAAAAAGAGGUCAUCAGCUCGGUGAAGAAGAUCUUCCAGGUAGCUGACCACGACCAGAGCGGUGUUCUCACCUGGAGCGAGUUUUCCAAAACGUUGGAGGAGCCGGCAAACCUCAAGUACUUCGGCAGUCUUGGCAUCAAUGCGAGCGAGGCUCGGGGCCUCUUUGGCCUGCUCGACGCGGACGAAUCUGGCAGCGUAAGCCUGCAGGAGUUCAUGCAAGGCUGCUUGCGCCUUCGGGGCCAAGCGAAGGCUAUUGACAUGGCCACCUUGAUGUACCAGAACAAGCGCAUCGUCUUCUGGCUUCAAGACAGGCUGGAACGCUUGGAGGAGAGCUUGCACACGGACAGCUUCGGCAAGGUCGUACCGUACAAGAGGAACAGCUCGGGCGCCAAGGCGGGUGCCGUCGUCAAGACCUGGAUGGAACUUACCAACGAGCACAGACCAGCAGGCAGGAAGUCGCGGGCUGGGAGCAAGUGA